CCAUCCGGCAAGAUGGCGCUCUCGCUUUGUCUGCCCCGAUCGGCAUAAAACAGAAUUCACAAAAUUCACAUACAUGAAUUUGACCGGAUCGCACGGAAAAACACCCUCCUUCUAGGUGCCAAUUUGGAGACACCUUAAAGAUCCGCGCGUGACCUGAGCAUAGAGAUCUUGAGGUCAAGUAAGCUGAAUACAUUGGUGACUAAACUUCAUGAGUUCUUGGGUCAUUCACCAGACAUCGAAAGCAUUGAUUCUCAAGACAUUUCCAGUGGUAAAAUGGCAACCAAUGACGUAAAUAUUGCCGAUGAGAAGAUGAACGAGCCUGGUUGCUCUUCAGAAAUGACCAAACCUUCAUCUUCACGCUCAAAGAGAAAACCUUCAUUUGUGACCAAGCACACUGCCUUAGAUGAAUCUGAAUGUGCGAAUGAGAGUGGAGGUGAACCCGGUGCAGAUGACAGCAUGCAGAGCAGUUUGGAUAUUAGCAAGCUGCCACAAGGCACAGUGGUCGUGAAGCCAGAACCGGUUGCUAAUGAAACUAAAGAUGAAUUCCGAGGUCCUGAGUUCCGUAACAAGGGAGGCAAAGCGAAAGAAGAGGGUGCGCGGAAACGUCCUGACGACCAGCUCCAGGAGAUAUUCAAUUGUACAGCAUGUGGACAGCAAGUCAAUCACUUUCAGAAGGAUUCGAUCUUUCAACAUCCAGCACUACAUGUUCUUAUCUGCAAGUCAUGUUUCAAAUAUUACAUGAGUGAUGAUAUCAGCAAGGAUGAUGAAGGCAUGGAUGAACAGUGCAGAUGGUGUGCAGAAGGUGGUAAUCUGAUGUGCUGCGACUACUGUAGCAAUGCCUUCUGCAAGAAAUGCAUCUUGCGGAACCUUGGACGAAAAGAGCUGUCUGAAAUAAUGUCUGAACAAAGCAAAUGGCACUGCUAUAUUUGCUGCCCAGAGCCACUGCAAGAUUAUGUGAAAACUUGUGAGAAGGUUUUGCUCAAUCUUGAAUCAUCUUCUAAAAAACCUAGGGGAGAACACGACAAGACAAAGCGUGAGGAUCGCAAACACAAGCAUGUGAAACGAGAAAAAACUUCUGUAAAUGGACAGGAUUAUGCCUCUGAUGGAGCAGGAACACUAACCUUUUCCUGUAAGACAUUGACAGUUCCGAAAGAGCUCGUCAAAAAGACCAAAAAACUAAUUGAGACCACAAAUGGUUUGAAUCGUACUUUUGUACAGUUCCUCCAGCAAACAUCAAAAGGCCAAGAAGCCAGCGCAGUAAGUUACAGACACUUAAAGGCCUUCAAAUCAGUUUUGGCUGAUCUGAAAAAGGCCCAUUCUGCUCUGGAGGAAUCACUUGAAAGUGAAUUUGAAUCGAAAGGCCUCAAGUUUCAGAACGGAGAGGAGCAAAGACCAUCAAACAGUCAAAGUGCGGAAAAUACAGUCGUCAACUCGCACCAUACCGAACCCACAACUGUCAAAGAAGAUGAUUUGGAUUGCUCCACAAAGAACCACAAUCCUGUGGUGGAAGAGGAAACCCAGCAGGACAGUAACUUGGCUGAUAUUGAAAUGGAAAGCCUUCCACACUCACCAGAAAAAGCACAGGUGCAAUCUGAAGAAAAGUCUGAAGAGAACAAAGAGAAAGAGAGUGAAGAGAAAGAGAAUGAAGCUAAAGAGCAGGAAAUGGCGGACAAUACUGACUUUGAGGAAGGCUCCGUACCACCUGCUGAAGAAUCUCUUGAUAAAGACAUUGUGUCUAUUCCACCAUCCGUCCCAGAAGAACUCUUCGAGAUGGUAGAGAGUCUUGCAGUAAAGAAAGAAAACAAUGAUGACAACUUGACUGAUUCUAGUGAUAGCAAAUCCAACACUGAGGUUGUGGAAUCCAAGAAGAGCCUUACAAAACUGGGAAAAAAACUAGUUGUCAAGCUAACACCCGUUCCUCUUAAAAUUACCAUAAAACGAGAUAAGAGCAUGGAACAGUCACCGUCAGAAGACAUGGAUGGUGAGGCGUUGAAGGAUGGUCAAGAUAGCAGACGCUCUCCGAGGAUGAAGACCACACCUUUGCGCAAGUCACCAGAGGCAAAGAGCAAGCGUAAACUAGAUAUGUCAAAGGCAGAUGAAAAGAGCAGUGACGCUGUGAAGGAACAAUGUGAUUCAGACUCUGAUGAAGUCCCAGAAGUCCUGCAGAGUGCUGCUUUGAAGGACAGUUCUGAUGAGAGUGAACCCGAAAACACUUCUCCCAAACGUACCAAAAAGAGAAAGUUAUCGUCCCGCUCUACUGAAAAACCAAAGUCAAAGCGCAAACUUGAGGAGGGCUCCUCAGAUUCAGAGCAUAGUAAAAAGCCUUCAACAGCAAAGAAAAGGAGUGCCAAAAAGAAGAAGGGCAAGGAAUCUGAUUCAUCCAACCACAACUCUGAUCUUGAGAAGGAGAUGAAAAAACUGUCCAAGGUUGAUAGUGGGAAAAAAAAAUCCAAAAGCACCAAAAAGGAUGAGGAUGAAGGCAGUAAAGAGGGCAAGAAAGGCCCUAAAAGAUCAUUCGAGCGAAAACGAAGGUCGCAAAGAGAAAAGGCUAAAACUAAGGAAGAGCUUUCCUCCAGUGACGAAGAGGAGGAGGAGGAGGAGAAGCAGGCUGAUAACUCAGGAGAAGACAGUGAUCAGCAGAAGAUUAAACCGAUUCUUGAGUCUGUUAUCGCUAGCAUCGAUGGUUUCCAUCAGUCAUCAGGUGAAGAAAUUGAGUUAAAGGAUGAAGCUUCCCAGGUGGUGGAUGAUGAUGAUGACCCUGAAAAUAGAAUUGCCAAAAGGAUGCUUCUGGCACAGAUCAAGGCCAACUAUUCCUCUGGAGCUGACAGUUCAUCAGAUGACGAAAAUGCAGACAAAGAGGACGGCGAUUCGACAAAAAAAGAAAAAGAUGGUGCUAAGAAGGAAGAUGGAAGUGACACUGAUGAGGAGACGACUUCAGACUCUGGCUCAGAUGUGGACUUGAAGAAAGGUGGACGCAGACACCGUUUGCUACGCAAAAAGUUGACUCUAAGCGAGGGCGACUCUGAUGAUGAGAACGCUGUCAAAAACAAGAAAGAAACCAAAAAGAGAGGCAGACGGAAAGUGGACAGCGACGAUUCAGCAGACUCCGACUUUAAGCAUUCGCGCUCAGACUCCAGUGAUGCUUCAGCGCUCAGUGAGGCUGUGAGCGAAGAUGAAGAUGACGAAAAGAGCACUAAACGCAAAACACGGUCAUCCAAAAAAGCUGCAAAGGACAAAGAAAGAAGUUACAAGAAAGAGAAGAAAAAACGCCGCCGCAUUAAGGUUCAAGACUCCUCAUCCAGUGGCAAGAGUGGAGAGGAAGAGGGUGAAGAAGGUGACGAGGACGAUAAAGGAACUCCCAAAGGUCGCAAGAAGAUUCGCAAGAUCAUUAAAGAUGACAAACUGCGGACAGAGACACGCGAUGCCCUGAAGGAGGAAGAGGAUAGGAGGAAACGCAUUGCUGAAAGGGAGCGCUUGAGGGAAAAACUGCGAGAGACUAUUGAAAUAAAGGAAUCAUCACAGGUCACGUGUCCCAUCACUACCAAGCUGGUGCUUGACGAGGACGAGGAGACCAAGGAACCACUAGUGCAGGUUCAUAGAAACAUGGUGACCAAACUCAAACCACAUCAGGUGGAUGGUGUACAAUUCAUUUGGGACUGUUGCUGUGAGUCAGUGAGGAAGGUAGAGAAGUCAUCAGGGUCUGGCUGUAUUCUCGCCCACUGCAUGGGUCUGGGAAAAACUCUUCAGGUGGUGACGCUUCUCCACACUGUGCUGCUGUGCGAGAAGCUGAACUUCUCCACAGCUCUGGUGGUGUGUCCACUCAACACUGUGCUCAACUGGCUUAAUGAAUUUGAGAAAUGGCAAGAAGGCCUUAAGGAUGAGGAGAGUUUAGAGGUGACAGAGCUGGCCACAGUGAAGAGACCUCAAGAGAGAGCGUAUGCUUUACAGCGCUGGCAGGAAGAUGGUGGUGUCAUGAUCAUGGGCUACGAGAUGUACCGCAACCUGACGCAAGGACGAAACAUCAAGAGCAAGAAGCUGAAAGAGACCUUUCAGAAAACUCUUGUUGAUCCAGGUCCAGAUUUUGUCAUCUGUGAUGAGGGUCACGUGUUAAAGAAUGAAGCAUCUGCUGUCUCCAAAGCCAUGAACUCUAUCAAGACUCGUCGACGAGUGGUGCUAACAGGAACUCCACUGCAGAACAACCUGAUCGAGUAUCACUGUAUGGUGAACUUCAUCAAGGAGAACUUGCUGGGAUCAGUGAAAGAGUUCAGAAACCGCUUCAUCAACCCCAUCCAGAAUGGCCAGUGUGCUGACUCCACACUCGUUGAUGUCCGUGUCAUGAAGAAACGUGCGCACAUUCUCUAUGAGAUGCUUGCAGGAUGUGUCCAAAGAAGAGAUUACACCGCUCUAACAAAAUUCCUGCCACCGAAACAUGAGUAUGUGUUAGCGGUGCGGUUAUCGCCCAUCCAGUGCAAGCUUUAUCGAUACUAUCUGGACCACUUCACAGGUGUCGGUUCUGCCUUGGAGAGUGGAAAAGGCCGUGCAGGGACCAAACUCUUCCAGGAUUUCCAGAUGCUCAGCAGAAUCUGGACCCAUCCAUGGUGUCUCCAGCUGGAUUAUAUCAGUAAAGAAAACAAGGGAUACUUCGAUGAGGACAGUAUGGAUGAGUUUAUAGCCUCAGAAACAGAGGAGUCAUCCAUGAGUUUGACUUCUGAAGAUGAGAAGCCCAAAAGGAAGAAGAAACGAGGCAGAGGAAAAGGUCAGAGCUCUGACAAGUCUGACAGCGAUGACCUGGAAGUGAUUAAGGAGUGGAACACCAGCUCUCGUGGAGGAAACCCUGAGGGGCGGAACAGAGCAGAGCCUGUGGAGGAGGUUCGUCAUUCAAACUCAGGUCCUGGCAGUCCAUCGCCAGAAUGGUACAAAGAGUUUGUGUCUGAGGAAGAUGCUGAGGUGCUGACUCACUCUGGGAAAAUAGUGCUUCUUUUUGAGAUCCUCCGCUUGGCUGAAGAAGUGGACGAUAAAGUGUUGGUGUUCAGCCAGUCUCUCAUUUCUCUUGACCUCAUUGAGGACUUUCUGGAGUUAGCAGGCAGGGCCAAAGAGGAGGGGAAAGAAUCACCAUACAAAGGGGAGGGCAAGUGGUUUAGAAACCUUGACUACUACCGUUUGGAUGGUUCCACGAAUGCCUUGACCAGGAAGAAAUGGGCUGAGGAUUUCAAUGACAUCAGUAAUGUUCGGGGACGAUUGUUCCUCAUCUCAACCAGAGCUGGUUCCCUUGGAAUAAACUUGGUAGCUGCAAACAGGGUCAUAAUUUUUGAUGCCUCAUGGAACCCAUCCUAUGAUAUCCAGAGUAUUUUCAGAGUCUACCGCUUUGGUCAAGUGAAGACUGUAUAUGUCUACAGGUUUUUGGCUCAGGGAACCAUGGAGGAGAAGAUCUAUGACCGGCAGGUCGCCAAACAGUCACUGUCUUUCAGAGUGGUAGACCAACAGCAGAUUGAACGGCACUUUACAAUGAAUGAGCUGACGGAGCUCUACACAUUUGAACCCGACCAGCUGGAUGAUCCCUCUGAGAAGAAGAGCAAGCGAGCCACACCUAUGCUGCCCAAGGAUCCUGUCUUGGCAGAAUUGCUUCACAGCUACAAAGAUCAUAUUGUUGGUUACCACGAGCAUGACUCUUUGCUUGACCACAAAGAGGAAGAAGCACUGAGUGAAGAAGAUCGGAAGGCAGCCUGGGCUGAAUAUGAAGCAGAGAAGAAGGGUCUGUCCAUGCGUUUCAACCAGCCGUCUUAUUCUCAAAUGGGUAUGGGAGCACCAAACUCCUACUUCCCCUUCAACGUGGCCGCCUUGGCUUCAAUGAGCAACCAACAGUUGGAGGAUUUGAUUAACCAAGGUCGACAGAAAGUGUUGGAAGCAUCUAGUGCUCUGAAGACAGUGCCUAGGGAAGCACUGGAGGACAUUGUUGCUCAAGUGUGGAAGGAGAAUCCGAGUUUACCAGAGGCCCAGGUUCACUCCAUGGCUCUUGGGAGGCAGGCUGGGUUCGAGCUGGAAGUCCAACACAGGGAGGCCGUUUAUCGUGAUGUCCUCAGCAAGCAACAAACUCUAAUGAUGUAUGUGCAGAAGGUACUCGCCAACCGGAAGGUCCAGGAGCAGCAGUUGGCCAUGGCAAGACAAGGGAUGCUGCUCAACCAGCUAGCCAUGCAGAAUGGUCUUACAGGCCCCAUGAAUCAGAUGGAUCUGCUGGGGUUGUACCAGCAGCUCGGGGCUCUCCAGGGCCUUCCCACCCCACAGCUGGGCAAGAACCCAGGCCCGUCUAAGGGUCUGUAGACGUUCGCACCCAUCCUACCACUCUCGGUGUACAACACAGCUGGACUGAUACAGCCAGGACACCUUCUAAAGCUCCUCGGUAGUAAGAGGAGAUCCUGGGACAUUGUUUUUUGGCAGUGCAGUCAAUUUGUGUAUAUAGCCUUAAUGUUAUUCAAGAACUUUGUUUUUUCUUUUUCUCUUACACCUAUUUAAAAUGAAAGAAGAUAUUCUCCCCAAAUGCUUUUAGGCAUUGCAGGUUUCUUUCCCCUUGAAAUAAGGGCUGUGCAUAUAUAAAUAAUAUUGCAAGGAAAACAGCGCGAUUGAGGAGGGACCAUAGUGUUUCUGUUCUGUAACCAUAGAGAGGAUUUCGCCCAGUAACUACGUAAUAUCUGCGCUCAUAUCUUCCUAGUAGUGGAUUGUUAAUGGUACCGUGAUCGCCAGUGCUCCAGAGACACUGCAGCAGACACCUUAAAUGUAACGUCAAGUCAAAUGGCCUUAUAUUACGCAGCUAGAUCUCUUCAAAUGUUUUAAAAACCCCUUUUUCUAAUCUGCUUUUAGGUAUUUAAACUUGUUGUUGCUAAUCAUGCUAUGGAAUGUCCGUGUUGUUAAAACUGCUUGCUGAAAUCCUCUGGACUUUUGUAACAUCAGACUUCUCGUUGUAGUGUUGCCUAGCAUAUUGUUGUGAGUACUGUUUAUAAUUUCUCUUUCGGUUGCGUUUAUUAUUAUUUUUUGCUUUUCUCGUUUCUUUUCCCCCACUUGUGUUGGGUUGGCGCCUGUGUUGCCGCCUGGCAGGAGUUAGAUACAUGUUUGUGCAGUUUAACUGAAGUUCAACCUGUUCUGAUGAUCUAAAAAUGCGAACACUUUCCUUAUCAGGAUAGUGCUUCGGCUGUAUUGUUCUUUUCUUGGGCACAUCUCCACUUUUGAUGCUAAACUAGAUGUUUGUUUUUUAUUUCAUUGGCGACUGUAAGCCCUUUGAUAUCCACAGGGUGUCAUUCAUAAAUGUAGAGGAACUUUUCCCCCUCUUGAAAAUGUUCUACUGAUAGCAUACACACCAACAAUUUCUGCCAUUAAUAUGAUCUGCUUAUUAGUAUUUAAUAUCACAUUUAAAUAAAGUGACCAAAAGGAUGAAUUACUUGCA